AUUACUGCAGAGGUGGUAAUUAUCGCACAUCAGGGAGAUCACAUGUACAGCAAGAGCAAGAGGAAGUCACGGCAGGACGAGAGCGACGGUGGCGCCCCCCUUAAGCUGACCCACGGAUAGGCGACCUGCGGCUCUCCCUCCUCCUCACCUAAACCCUUCAUCAUGGCUACUCACUUAGCUCCUGCCUUCCGCACGCCCAUGACUGACCUGGUGGGCGGCCUCCUCACCCAUCAGACCGGUUCUCGGUGUGCGGAUUUUGAAAUGCGAGCAAUGGAAUGCCUGGAGGCAUACGGUGUUCAAAAAGGACGAGUCCGCUGCGUCGACUACCUCGACGAUCUGAGGGAGUGUACAUAUCAGGCGAAACAGCUGGCGCGAGUCAGCGAGAUGCGCCUGGAGCGUCACCGCCAGUGGGUCAUGGGCGAGAGGUCCAGUGAGGAGCACUACGCACCGGCCGCAAGGAGCGACUCCUUUUAGCAGUAUUUUUCAUAGGCAAUGGCAUUUGAUACAAUAGAUGUUAAUUAUUAUUAUUUGAUCUUUCUAAGUCAUCUGUUUAACUAGAAUCUGUUCCUCGUUGUUUGAACUUUCUGGACCGAUUUUAUUUUAAAAUGCUUAAUGUAUUUUGAAAUUCAGGUUAAAUAUAUGUAUAUUUUGAACCUCGGGUUAAAUUAAUCAUCAAAAAUUUGUUCAAAGAGCAUAAUUGGUUUGGAAAGAUGCAACUUGUGUAAAUACUGCAGUUAAUAAAAAAUGUAAAAAAUCCAA